AUGGGCAGCGCGAGGAGCGGGUACGGGUACGACGACGGGAUACUCGGUUUCGUUAGCUGGUUCCCACUCGAACUCGAGUUGGAUGAUGGCGGCGGUGUCGAAGAGGCGGAGGACGGCGGCGUCGAACCCUCCGAGGACGACGAGGAUGACGUCGACGACGCGGAGGACGAAGAUGAUGAGGAUGAGGAUGGGGAAGACGACUCCCCUCCCUCCUCGACUACCUCCUCACUCUCACUCCUUCUAUUCCCCGGAUUCACUUUACCACCAUCCUUCCCACCACCACCCCCCUCCUCCCCGCCUUCACCUUCACCCUCCCCAUCCUCCCCCGUCUUCGAGUUAACCCAUCUCGGCUGCGACCGCACUUGCGUAGCAGCAAACGCUCCCCCGGAAAGGUACCGUCGUGGUGUAGACGUAGAUGUAGAAGAUGCUGUGAGCUGCGUUCUGCGUGCGGAUGCUGUGCACAACGGCGUCGGGGUGGAGAAUAGCCUGCUCGUGCUGGCUAGCAGCGACAUGGCGUCUGCGAAUCCCUCAGAAGGCAAGAGAGAAAGAGAAGAGAGAGAAGAGAAGAGAGUCGCUGUGUACUCGAGUCUCGCUGGAGUUGUGGACAAGACAGACGCGCGUGUGGAGGAAGACACGGAAACAGUGACACCUGAAAAAUCGACCCUCGCUGGCGUGUGA